CUCAGCACUAAUAUUAUAUCAUACACCAGCGCGUGCAUCUGUUGACGCCCGUGCACCGCAGCAGCCGCCUGCCGCGCGCGUCUGUCCGCGCGGAGCUGGCAAUGAUGGCGGACUGUGUCGGCUUUCAGGCUCAGAUCGCCUCCAUCAUAGAGAUCCUGGCCAAUUCGGCUGUGGCGGAGAUCUGCAAACUGGUGGACGAUGGCUAUGCGGCGCUGCGCUCACAGAUGGACCAGGAGCGCGAGAGGAGCGAAAAGGAGAACGACGCGCUGCGGCGGAAACUGCAGGAGAUAGACGUGAAGAUGAGGAGCUAUGAGAGGAAGAUGAGGAGACGGAGUCAAAGGGAGGAGAUGCAUGCCGUUCAUUUUAGGCCACCCGAAGGAGCUGAUGACCAUCCUCCUCUGGUGCCGUCUCUUCCUGCUGCUUCUGAAGACAAACCCAUCCAUCACAUUUCAAAGCAGGAGGAGGCCAAGGUGUUGCCCCUGGUGAAGCAGGAGGAAGUGGAAGGAGAUGACUGCAACCUGGACCUCAAGGUGGAGGUCAACAUCAGGGCGCAGGCUAUGGAGCCCAGUGAGGACCCCAUCCCGAGUGAAAUUGUUCUUGACACCAACGUCUCCUGCUCUACCUCCCAGCCUUCCCCCCCCCCCACUAUGGCCACAAUGAACCUGACCUGCAGGCCCCGAGCUAAACGUAAAAUAGCUUGGCCUCUGGGCAACAGUUUGACAGUCAGCAGUGGGGGGGUCACGGACCCUGAAGCUGCUUGCAGGGACUCAGAAGGAAGCCUGACAGAUGGUGCUCUGAAGCCGGAGGUCCAGACAGAUGAGGCUGCAGAGGAGGAACUUCAGGCCCCUGAAGCCUCGGACGAGCCCAGCCCCGAGCGCCUCAACAGCCUGGGCCUGGACCUGGCCUGGAUGCAGGAGAGGGUCAGCCAUCUUGGUGCUGCGUAUGCAGUUGCACAGCUGGGUUUGGGGAACACGGACACCGGCCAUCCCUCUGCCUCCUUCCCCCCGCAGGGAGGGGCAGACAGUCUGGAUGGGCCUCCCACCAUGCUCUUCACCAGUGGCGCUCAUGAAAUGACUGCUUUCGCUGCCUCCUUCGACAUGGCAGCAGCAGCCGCCGCUGCCACCGCUGCCACCGCUGCCACUGUUGUGUCUGCACCACCUCCCCCACCUCCUCCGCCCCCUGCCCCUACAGCGCCCUCUGCCACCUCGACCAGCCCGAGGCGGCCCUACAGGAGCAGUGUAGCUGCUAAAGAGCCUGCGGUGUGCACUGUGUGCGGUCGUCUCUUCCCCAGCUCAGCAGCCCUGGAGCAGCAUCAGCGGGUGCACACCGGAGAGAGGCCCUACACCUGCCCCCACUGUGGAAAGGGCUUUGCACAGCCCAACAACCUGCGGGUCCACCUCCUCAUCCACACUGGGGAGAGGCGUUACCGCUGUACGCUGUGCGGGAAGAGUUUCAUCUCCUCAAGCCACCUGAAGAGGCACCGCACUGUCCACACGCAGGAGAAACCCUACAGCUGCUCGCGCUGCGGACAGUCCUUCAGCCAGAUGUGUAGCGUCCGCAGACACCGGCAGCAGUCACAGUGCGGCCUGUAGACAGACCACGGGGGGGGAGGGGGGGGACACACACCUGGAACUGAUCCUCAGACCGUUUGUGUUUACAUGGGAAAUAUAGCAUCUUAUGUAAGCACUUACAAAAAGGCAAGCUGUCUCCUGUGGUUUCAUGGCAUGCACAGUUGAUAUUUGUCCUAGAUCAUAGCAGUAAAAUGUGAAUUAUGUUCUAAAGGCGGAGGGAAGGAUGACCCCUGAAGCGAUCUCCACCUUUUCUUACUCUUACUGUGUUUUAAACUGAGAGAGGUCACUGAGUAGACUGUGAAAGAGUGCCUGAUACAGUGUUGGUAACACUUUAUCCAUCAAUUUGUCAUUAAGUUUUGUUUUGGUCUACAAACCUUCCACACAUAAGCUGAUCCAGGAGGAUGAGGAACAUGCACAGCAAUGAUCACAGUGUAACGCUCCUAGAAUUAAUGAAGGUGAUUUUUUCAAUUGUCUGACAUACUUUCAAAACGUAUUAGGUGUUAAGCAGGAGUUAGAAAAUAACAUGUGUUAUUGCCUUAUUUUACUGUGAUUCUAAAUGUUAAAGAUGUAAUAUGAAUUGUUUGGAGGACUGCUGUCUUUACUAAAUGUAGUUUCUCACUCUGUGCAAUAUGAAAGGAUGCUGAGGUGCCGGGACGACGGGAAGAAAGGGGAACCUGCUAGCGUAGUUAGCUUAGCUCAGUCAAAAAGUAAACCUAUAUAAAUGAUAACAACUAUAAAGCUGUCUUAGUGGCAUGUUGGAAUUGAUGUAGAAGAAACUUUGAUUUGCUGAGCAGAAAGAUGUUAGUGUUAACAAUACCAGCGGAAGGCAUUUCUUAGUUUUUGAUCAGAAAACUGUCGUCCUCAAAGAGGCAAUUUGUGGUACAGCACACCCACAGACACUACACCAAAAGGAAUUGAACAAAGACCAGACUUACUAUGAUAAAGCCCAGCUUGAAAUGUAAUGACUUGCUAGUAAAUAAGAUUCAACAUAAAAAUAAGAAAGCUGGAGGUGUUGGGAAUUGGUUUUUAAAACGUCUGCUUCAUGGAGUUUUUCCCCCCUAUCCUUCAUUCUAGAGAGAGUAUAAUUUCUUGUUCAGAUUUUCUAAUGUCUUCCCCAAAAACCCUGAACUCACCCUUGUAUAACCCCUGAUAUUUGCUCUGCUUCUGCUCAAACGGCAUGCUUGCAGAUCUAUUGUAGCAGAUUUCCCACAUUGGAGCUCCAGCCCUCUCCUCGCAGAGUGCAGUGUUGGGGUUACAAAGUACAUUUAGUCAAGUAAUAUACGGGAAUAGUAUUUAACACAUUUCUACUUUACUUGAGUAUUUUCAUUUAUUGCAUACACAUCAUUUUACUCCACUACAUUUAUGAAACACUCAUAGUAACUAGCUACUUUGCACAUAAGUACAUAAAAACACAUGAUGUGAUGCAGUGCUGUAUGUUUUAAUAUACACAGUGUUUUAAAAGAAUAUAUGUCAAAUAUCUAAAACUGACUCCACAUUAACAAACUACAACAUUAAAAUGAUUCAACAUGCAUAAAAUGAUAAAAGUGCUAAUGAUAAAAAAAUGUGAAAUACUAUGCCUUUCUGUAUGCACCGUACUUAUAGUAAGAACACUUCUGUACUUCUACUUAAGUAGCAUUUUCACUUAAGGAUCUUCACUUGUAGUGCAGUAUGUUAUUGGUUUUGGUUUUGGCAGAGAGCAGAACGCUUUUUCAAAAUCUGAACAAGGAAUCAAAGGCUCCAAUUGAUAAACACACUAAGAAAAAGCUCCUUACUGCUUCCCUAUGCCUGCAGUCUGUGUGCUAAGCUAGGCUAACCGCGCCCUGGACCUAUCAGUAACAUCCGCCUCUUCUUUCCUGACUGUUGCUGAGAUAACGAGUAGUAUACUCUGCAACAUGUCAGACUCUUCCAUUCAAGCACUUUAUAUAUUCCCAUAACUUUUCAUGGAGGCGAUCAGAGGCAGUGUUAACACACUUUGUUUCAACAGAUUUGUGUUAUCUCAUAAAGUCCACUCUGCUUCUCAUAUUGCUACACUGUCCUUUAAGAGUGGCCUUCUGGAGGCAGCAUGCUGUGAAUGGGAAAUGCACCUUCUUUUGUAUGAUCAUGCUCAUUUGUAUGUCACAUUGAUUGUAAGUAUAUUUAUUUGCUCUGAUUUUUUUUAAAGAAUAGAAAGGAAAAUGUAAUGUACUGAUAUCCAGAAGAUUGAAGAAUUUCAAAUAAAAAUGUUUUCAUUUUUUAGAUACAAAGCCCAAAAGAUGUAGGCUCUGCAAAACUUCAGUUCCCCUCUUUUCCCUGGUUGAAGCCAGAGGAGUUACCGUCUUUUUUAAUGUCAAUCCUCCUUUUUCUUAUUAAAAAAUCAAAGAACAAAGGCCUGUGAAAAGAUGUAAAGUAAAAACAUAUAUAUAUAUAUAUAUAUAUCAGAGAGUCGUGUUUGUGUGUGUAGGUGUUUGUAUGUAAUGGGCUCUAGCUGUAGGUUGCACAGCAAACAGAUGUGUUGCCUUUCAGUUCUCUUCCAACACAUGUUCUGGUGUUUUAAAAUGUAUUGCUAUCAUUAAACAUGUAACAUGUUUGCAAAGAACUUGACUUUGCUGUGGUCUGAUCUCGUUGGAAGGAACAGGAUUUCCGUAAGCAUCUAGACACGUCUUUGUGAAGCCGUUAUUGUUUCAGAAAGACUGACAAAGAAGGGAUGUUUGAAUUUGACUUGACUUGGCAAACCUGAUUAUCAACAAUGCACAAAACGUAAGUAUGACUAACGCUGUUAUUCUGACCCUAAAUCACACCAAAAGUGUUCCUCACAGCUGAGCAGCUGUACCCACAACAAGAGGGCCUGGAAGAUUAACAAGACACAUCCCUUGCUGACACUGGAAAA